UUCUCACUCCGUUAUGGUGGCCAUCGGUUGAAAGACUCAACAGAAAUUUCUUGUACGUCUCCCUCCUGCUUUACCUUGUGCGCUUGUCCUUCAACUCUCACGAAAUAUUUGACUGCUUAAAAUGGGAAGGAGCAGGAGUCGCUCUCCUCCGAGGCGUGAGAGGAGACGUUCCCGCUCAACUUCACGAGAACGUGACAGAAGGAGAAGGGAGAGGGAUCGUUCACGAGAUCGGGACAGAGAAAGGAGAAGAAGUCGUUCCCGAUCUCCCCACAGGAGGCGAUCAAGGUCUCCUCGGCGCCAUCGCUCCUCCUCUCUCUCUCCUGUGAGGCAAAAAGACAGACGUGAAGAUGAACGUAAAGAGAAGUCAUCAAAACCCAUUCAAAUAUCAGCUGAGGAUAUGCAAGGCAAAACUGAAGAAGAAAUUGAGAUGAUGAAACUAAUGGGAUUUGCAACAUUUGACUCUACUAAGGGUAAGAAAAGUGAAGGAGCUACCAAUGCUUAUGCUGUCAAUACCACCAUGAAAAGAAAAUACAGGCAAUACAUGAACAGAAAGGGUGGAUUCAACAGACCACUAGACUUCAUCGCAUGAAACGCUUUUGCCGCUUUACUCCUGAAACAUACAUUUGUUGUAAUUGACCCAAAAAUGUUUUUGUGCUAUUUCCUUUUAUUUUGUAACCUUAUGUUUUGUGGGAUGCAGGACUUUUCCAUAUACAUUUUUGAUUAUUGGGAGACAGUAUCAUUAGUCUCUGUGCUUCUUUUCCGCCACGUUUUAGUUUUGACGCGUGGUCUAUUGCGAACAUGAGGUACAUGAAAUCUCAUGCUGUUCAGUUACUUAUGAGUGGAGUUAUGUUCAUCGAAAUAAAAAUCUUUUAAGUCAGUA